AUGGACGUGCCAAUCAACUACAGGGGCUUGCUAGGUGCAGGGGCCGAAAAGGAGGAUGGAGAGAUUGAAGAAGGGGAGUUUGUUCCGCAGCAAACAUUUGAGAUGGGGCAAGCCACCAAUUCAAGUGUUCAAGCUCCUGCUCGACUUGGAAGCAAGAGACGUCAACGAAAGAAGAAAGCAAAGCUGGUGGAACAAGGGAAGGGUACAAUGAGUGACUACUACGACGUGUAUGGACCUAACGCUCGAGCAGAGAUCGAACUGAAGCCUCCUGCGCGCUCAGAGCAGCUGAUACGACUUCAGGAUGUGUCUGGCUUGGUUACGUGGACGCUGGCGGACGGCAUCAUGCCUCCCUGGGUUUUCCUUAAGAACAAGCCUCUCGUGUCCAAGGUGGUCCUGCUGUAUGCCGCGGGCCUGGACCCCGUUCUGUUUUCCGCCAGGCCAGACCUCUUUCCCAACAUCCGGACCACGUUUGGCACACAUCGAGUUGCCGGGGGGCUCGAGCCCACAGCGGACGUGGUCAGUGCGGCCGGCGUGUUGCUGUCUCUGCCUGGGGUCAAAAAGCGCAAGCUGGGGGAUGCAGGGGAGAAGCCUCCGCCAGCUAGCACAGCGGUGAACGGGAAAGGGGCAGUUACAGCUGAACCGGCACUCCAGGUCGCAGAACCUCAGAAGAAGAGACAGAAAGUGGAGGGCAAAAGUGUAGUGAGUGGAGCAACAGAGGAGGGCGAGAUUACUGACAUGUUGGAGCAGGGCAGUGGGAAGAGAGGAACCACAGCAGAGCCACCAGAAGGGUCGUCACUAGCUGGCGCAGACCAACAAGAGAGCGGAGAAGUGGGGCCAGCUCCAGGGGAAGGCGUAGGGACGCCGGCAGCAGACGAACGGAAUGGCGUGGAGGGUUCUUCUGAGAAAGCAAGCACGUCUGAGGCAGCUGAUGUGAAAGCAGGGCAAGGAGCGGGGGCGAAGGCUGGUGCAGCUCGUGGGGCCCCCGUUUUUUCGAGGAGGAGGAACAGCGGUCCUCCUCCGUUCCCCCCCUCCUAUUACGUGCUGACAGAAACAGAGAUGCGGGACAACGAGUAUCCAACAGUCAUACCAGGGGAUCCACCGACUUGUCCGCCAGGUUUUGUACAGACGCGGCCUGCAGUAGACUUGGCAGGUACAAAGAAGCGGCAGCCCAUGGUGGCAGUGGACUGCGAAAUGUGCUACACGGAGGCGGGGCUGGAGCUGACGCGCGUGACGCUGGUGUCGGGCAAGGGCAAGGUGCUGCUGGACAAGCUGGUCAAGCCCACAAACCCCAUCCGCGACUACAACACCAAGUUCAGCGGUAUUACGGCCGAGAUGCUUCAAGACGUGACCACCACCUUGCAGGACAUCCAGGCAGAGCUGCUGGAGCUGGUGAGCGCGGAGACCAUUCUGGUGGGCCACUCCCUGCAGAGCGACCUGCAGGCCCUCAAGUUGAUACACGGCAACAACAUUGACACCGCGCUGGCGUUUCCACAUCCCCGUGGACCCCCCUACAAGCCCGCGCUGCGUGUGUUGGCAGAGCGCCACUUGCACCGCACAAUCCAGGGGGGCGACAAGGGCCACGACAGCGUGGAGGACGCGCGGGCGACCAUGGAGCUGGCGCAGCUCAAAAUACAGAACGGCCCUUCUUUCGGGGAGGCCCGGGCGAUCAUAGGAGAGAGCUUGAUCGAGCUGCUGGGCAGGAAGGGCAAGCGCUGCACGCUGGUUGACCGCAGGAGGCUGCUGCGCCGGUUUGCGGUGGGGACGUCCGGUGCGGUGAUUGCGGAGUCGGACGACGAGGUGGUGGCCAAGGUCCGCAAGGAGGCGCACACCCCCGCCACGCGCUUCCUCUGGGCGCGCCUCGCAGAGCUGACCACCCACCACGAAGAGAUGGCUCGGACACCCACCGCGGUGGCGGCCUCUAUCGCCGCCAUCUCGGCCCUGCUGACGUGCAGCCCGAGCGGGGCGGACGUGGCGGUCCCCCCGGUGUCAGCGGCGCUGGAGGCCGUGCUGCAGCGGCUGGAUGCGCGCGUGCAUGCCGUGUACCAGGGCCUCCCGCCAAACGCGCUGCUCAUCGUGGCCACAGGGCAUGGGGAUACGCCUGCCGUGCGCAAGCUCCUGGAACUGAAGUUCAAGGGAUUGCAGCAUGCGUCAACAGGGGCGCUUCCGUGGACACCGGAGCAAGAAAAGGUACUACUCGCCUGUCAAUAUAGAGCAAAACUAGGCCUAGUCUGUGCAAAAGUAAGACAAUGAUCAGUCUCGCAGAGGGCGGUCUGCCCCGUCUAUUGAUGCUCCAGGUUUAUUGGAAUCAACUAGUCAAUCAAAAAUUCCAACCCCUGUAUACAGUUGAGAAGAUUCAAUCUAAGCAGGGGGCACGACCAAAAGCCCGGGUUCGCCUUUUCUGCUUACGUUUUGUCACUCUCUGACUCACUGUCAAAUUGUAGGCUCGUGAACUUAGCCUGUCAAGCUGAUCAUACGGUAAAUCAGUUGGAUCCGUACAGCAAUUGGCAGCCGUGGCAAAGAGUCAA